AUGAGUCACUGCAGUAGCCGCGCCCUGACCCUGCUGAGUAGCGUGUUUGGUGCGUGUGGCCUGCUGCUUGUGGGCAUUGCGGUCAGCACGGACUACUGGCUGUACAUGGAAGAGGGGACGGUGUUGCCACAGAACCAGACCACGGAGGUCAAGAUGGCGCUGCAUGCCGGCCUAUGGCGCGUCUGCUUCUUCGCAGGCCGGGAAAAGGGUCGCUGCGUGGCCUCAGAAUAUUUCCUUGAACCGGAGAUCAACUUGGUGACGGAAAACACGGAGAAUAUUCUGAAGACAGUGCGCACAGCCACCCCCUUCCCCAUGGUCAGUCUCUUCCUCGUGUUCACCGCCUUCGUCAUCAGCAACAUCGGCCACAUCCGCCCGCAGAGGACCAUUCUGGCCUUCGUUUCUGGCAUCUUCUUCAUCCUAUCGGGCCUCUCCUUGGUGGUGGGCUUGGUUCUUUACAUUUCCAGCAUCAACGACGAGGUCAUGAACAGGCCCAGCAGCUCUGAGCAGUAUUUCCACUAUCGCUACGGGUGGUCUUUUGCCUUCGCAGCUUCCUCCUUCCUACUCAAAGAGGGAGCUGGCGUGAUGUCCGUGUACCUGUUCACCAAGCGCUACGCGGAGGAGGAGAUGUACCGUCCGCACCCGGCCUUCUACCGCCCGCGUCUCAGCGACUGCUCCGACUACUCGGGCCAGUUUCUGCAGCCCGAGGCGUGGCGCCGCGGCCGCAGCCCCUCCGACAUCUCUAGCGACGUAUCCAUCCAGAUGACGCAGAACUACCCUCCAGCCAUCAAGUACCCGGACCACCUGCACAUCUCCACCUCGCCCUGCUGAGGCCCCGCCCCCGGAGAGCCCCUCCUCCUCCUCUUCCUCCUACUCCUCACGGGUCUCCCCACAACGCAGCUCCCCCUCAAGUCCUCGGGACUCCUCGUCCCACCCGGAGGACGCUGCGCACGCGUUAGCCCCGCCCUCUUCCCAGUGGCCCCGCCCCGCCACUAUAACCCCGCCCUCUUUCCUGACCGCUCCACUUCAUUGGUCCCUUCCACUUCCAGAUGACGCCUCCUUCUACACGGCCCGCCCCUUUUCCGUAGGCCACUCCCCUCCCUGCCUAGUACCGCCUCCCAGGUUCCUCUGCUCCUCGGGCAGAGCGGCCGAGCGCGCCCAC